AUGGCAUUUCACGCUGCUAAGAUCCGCUGCCAGGAUCUUUGGGCACUUGCCAGUGGCAACUCCAGCCCGCAAGCAGCAUUCGCACAAGGAAAGAUCUCUGUGCGAGGUGGCUUUUCUGCUUUGCUGGAAUUGCGCCCUUUCAUCGCAGAGCUUCGCUCAAAGCUUCCAGCAUCUGACUUGCUGCCAGGUGGCACAUGGCUUCCAGAUUCCGCUGCAAAUGCAUGCAUGGCGUGUGACGCAGCGUUCACGCUCUUCCGGCGGCGUCACCAUUGUCGCAGCUGUGGGAAGCUUUUCUGCGAUCGCUGCAGCCCAUGGCGUGCAGGCCCCGCUGCGCGCCAGUGUGACGAGUGUUUCCGUGCCAAGACAGAAAUUUCCGCCGGUGCAAAACAGAAGGACCAGGGACUCGUCGCAGAGCAGAUGCGACUUCUGGAAGUGCGACUGGAGGAGGUGGAAAGUGCUGCCGCUGCAAGAGAGGCGGAGGACUUCUUAGGUGCGGCGAACGCUGCUCGGAUGUCAACACCCCAAGGAUGUAGACUGUCUUAUCCAGUGUUUGCAUGUCCUUCUUCUGGGCCUUUCAUAGCCAUCCACAAACUGUUGGCAAAAUUGCAAGAACGGAUUUUAUGUUUCAACACCUUGUCUAAACUAUGGCCUCGCGAAUCUGGCUCUAAAAUUGCUGCGGCGCAGCAACUUCACCAGCAUAGCGAUUCCCACGUCUCCUUUAAACAUGUAAAUUACGAUGCAUACAUAGAUAAAUAUGCAGAGAUAUAUAGAGGCUUGUAUGCAAACUGCAGGCCUUCCUGGGCCUCCUAG